AUGGAUGAUUCGGGGGUUGACAUUAAGGAUGCUCAAAAUACUUUCCUCGAAAUUCUCAAUAAAUUGAACGGGAAGUCUGUACCUGCUUUCCUCAAUUGGGUGACUUCUUCAUUCUCUAUGGAAAAUGAAGAACAGAAACCGAAAUACAUUAGAGACGCCAACGCCCAUAUUGCUGCCAUAGCUGAGCACUUGAGACAAAAGGUCCCAACCAAAGGUUAUCUUCAAUCCGAGAAAAUUGCCUAUCCAAAAGUAGGAUUGGAUGCCGAAUGCAACGACUCUAACACCAUUCACGUUGAUUGUUUCCUUUUCGAUGAAGAAGCCGUUGAGGACUUAGUUCAGGAAGGAAAAAUUAGCAGGAAUUAUUGUUUGGAUUGUGGGUCGAAAAAUACGAAGCCUCUUACAUUCAUUAGUCACAGUCUUGCACCUACACAGCUGGAGUUUAUAUUCACUAAGCUUGUGCCCUUAAUAAAGAAACCUCAAGAUUUCAAAGUUAUUGACAUUGGAUCUCGUCUAGGCUCAGUAAUCUUUUCUGCUCAUUACUUCAGUGCCGGAAGCUCUUGUGUAACAGGAGUCGAACUGAACGAAGAUCUUUGCAAAAUCCAAAAAGAAGUUGUUGAAGAAUUCAAUUUAACGAACGUCAAUGUUAUUUGUUCCGACAUUCGAAAUCAGCCUGAGGUUAUUAAAGAUGCUGAUUUAAUAAUUAUGAACAAUGUGUUCAAUUUCUUCAUGGAACUAGGAGAUCAAUUAUCGUGUUGGCAAUUCCUUCAUGAUAAUGUGAAGCCCGGGUGCUUGUUGAUUCAUCAUCCCAGUGUCUACGAAGCUGCUUCUCAUCUUACUCUGCCCUUUGAUAUAUCUGAAUGGCUUGAGGAAAUCUCAAUUACUCGGAAAUGUGCAGAAUUCGCAGGAGGUGACGAAGAGCUCUUCAUGGACUGCAAGCAACUGCAUUUCUACAAAGUCCGUUCUAGGAAUUGA